AGAAAGGUUGCUUCUGCCACGGUAAUCUCCCACCACAAUCUACCAACACAACAACACACACUUGUCCCUCUACUUUGACAGUCGCGUCGGUUUGUAAUCUUCACAAGUUCUUGUUGAUUUUGUUGUGCGUCAGUUAAUUAUACAUGUGGAUUUCUAUCCAGACAAUAAAAUAACAGUGAUCGGUCUAGCCUGGGAUACGUAAGUGCAGUUUGCUAACUCUCAAAGAUGUACCAAGUUGAAAACUUCCACUGUGCGCUUAUGUAAACUUUCUUCAACACGGAUUUGUAAAGUUUACUGAACCUUCGCUCCACUGGAACAGCUGACUGCUCCAGGAUCCUGGAGUGUACAUGAAGAGUUUAAUUUGCUCAUGAACUUGUGUUGUAUGGGAUACUUAUGGCCUAUUUAUUCGUGCUAGUAAUUUCUGGUUGAAGUUUGAAAGUUACCUCGGAGAUUGUGAUAUGUUGCUGUCAGUGCUUCAAAACCGAUUCAUGUGAUUGAAUCCAAUAUUUGAAGAUGCCAGCUCUGAAACUAUUCGGAAGAAAAUGGCUGGCAGGAACAGACGACUUGGUUUUCCCAGGACUAUUCGAAAUAAUACUUCGGAUAAUAUGGUUAUCUUUGAUGGGCACAGUGACAGGUCGCUACUACGGCUACACGUGGACAUGUGCGCGGGGCGGCGACUUUGUGCGCAUCUACUUGAUCGGCACAUGCGCGCUGCUCGCCAUUGUGCUCGUUGUUCUCAUAGCGCUGGUCGCGCACAGUGCGCGCGGCUCCAUUGUCGACACGCAUGCGCGCCGCCACGUGCCGCUGUUGCUUGGCAUCAAGUUAGUUUUAAUCAUCCCAGAAGUGGCGUGGAAUGUAUUGGGUACCAUUUGGGCAUUUACUACAGUCAUAGAUUGCCCAAACGAUGACGACUUCACAAACACUGUCAUAGAUAUUCUAGUGUGCUGUGACUGGGUGCUGUUUGCACUGGCGGUGUUCGGCAUCUUCAUGGUGAUCGACCCGAUUGGCAGCAUCAAGCUGCGCGGAUCGCAGCCGGAGAUCAGCAUCGACACGCUCAAACACAAGAAGGUGACACGCAUCUGGGUGCGUCGCUUCCGCUGGUUCUUCUGCUGGCUCAUACGCGACAAACAGUCGCAUGAGGCGUUCACGCAAGUCGCCGGUCUGUUUAGUUCGAUGUUUCGCAAUUCGGACUUGGUCCCUUCAGACAUAAUAGCCGGUUGUGUCCUGCUCAGGGUCAAACAGAAACGAGAAUCGAGGGAGCAGCGGAGACUGGAGUUGGUUGCCGAACAAAGGCUCAAAUAUACUUCAGACUUACAAGAAGCAUUCCAAGGCCUUCCGAGCUGGAUGAGCCUGGAGACAGCCAACCACUAUGCCAGGCUGGCAAUCGCGCCCUACGGCUGUCAUCUAGUCUUCCUCGAGUAUUGCUUGACCGGCAUUUUCAAGCUGCUACGGCUCAUGACGUGUUGUGCAUGUUUUCGGGCUAAAAAGACAAUUGUCAAAGAAGAUAAUUGCUGUCUCUGUAAUCUUGCUGGUGUAAAGUACUUCUCCAAAAAGACGGAGGAUGAAAUCAUCUAUGUCACAUUCCGCAACCGGCUUUUUGAGUUGCCUUUCUGUGUGAUUGUUGACCACAAGACGCGUGCUAUAGUGCUCUGUGUUAGAGGGUCGAUGUCAGUGAGAGACGUCUUCACAGACCUCACAUCCGUGCCAGAGAAAAUAGAAGCUGAAGGCGUUCCUGAAGAUGCUAUGGCUCACAAAGGCAUGCUAAUGUGUGCCAAUAGACUGAAGAAACAUCUUGAGGAUGCUGGUAUUCUAGACAAAGCGUUCGGUCAAUAUCCCAGCUAUAAUCUUAUCUUAACAGGACACAGUUUAGGUGCUGGAGUUGCCAUCUUAUUAGGACUGCUAAUGAGGCCGACUUAUCCCGAUCUGAAAGUAUUUGGCUUUGCCACUCCUUCCGGACUUCUCUCCCUGGAUGCAGCUAAGUACACAGAGAGCUUUGCCAUGAGUAUAGGAAUAGGAGACGACUUUGUGAUGAGACUGAGCAUUGAUAGCAUGGAGGAGCUUCGCAAUCAGCUGCUAAGCGUCCUGCAAUCAUGCCGAUUACCUAAGUACCGCGUGAUGGUGAAUGGCUUCGGCUACUUUCUGUUUGGCGUUCCUUCAAGAGACUUGGAGUCGACAUGGCGUAACGACAUUCCAUCUCCAACACACAGACACCACAGGGUGUUGCUACAGGCAGAAAAUGCCUACAGGAAUCCAUUCCUUUAUGCCGAUGUGGCGAAUAGAAAGUUCACAAAGACGAGGCUGUACGCAGCGGGGCGGAUUCUUCACAUAGCUUACAAAAAGAAAACCAAAGAAGACAAGAAAAACCAGAACCCAAGCGACACAUUCGAAAUGCGAUGGAUCAAGCCUGAGGAUCUCACCGAGCUACGAGUCAUGCCGAGGAUGUUCAAGGACCAUUUGCCCAAAAACAUCAUCAAAACCAUGGAAACUGUUCUCGGUGAACAAAGGACAGAGAUAGUGGAGUUCUCCGAGAUUACCAUAAUUUAAUCGUCCCUAAAAAUAAUAUUGUUCCUUGUUUUCAUGACCAGAGAGCUAAGAUAAUGACAACCUACUAGUUGGGCAACUUACAUUUCAAAUGAGGCUUUAAACUAGAUCCAAAUAUCUGGAAGUGUUCGUGCUUUGUACAAAACUGUUACUUCUUGGUUUUCUCGAACAUUUUGAGGAGCAACUACUCUCUAGUACUAGUACCGUACUUAUAGUAUUCCUCUCCAACCCCUUUAAUCGUCAAGUCAACAAUAAAAUCCAGCAUAGUUUUUCAUAUUAUGAAAUUUUACCGAAAAUAGGGUUGUCUGUUCAAUUGAACUCCCUGUUGCCUCAACUCAUCUUGGUUACAAAGCUAAAUGCUAUAAGAGUAGUAAAUCAAUGCAAUAAAAUUGCAAUAGGAACACAAAAAUUAACUGAAGGUCAGUAUUUUGUACUCUAAUUUGUUUAAUUUGCAAUUAAAUUACAUUGAGAAUCGUGUUUCGGUCAGAAAUGUUGUAACUCAUGACUGAUGAUGAAGAACCAUGGUUCAUAAAAAGAAGCUUUAAUGAAGAGAAGUUCUGUUAAUAAUGUUUUGCAUUUCUCAGUCCAAACUGCAAAAAUGUGAUCCAUCCAAAUGUGCAAUUUUAAUUGUAAAUUCAUAGGUGUAGCUUUUGAAUUUUUAAAUCUUACCAUUAAUUUUAUUCAACGACUUUUGUGCUAUUUUAUUCGUGAAUUUUUCUAAACAUAAAUAAUGGAAGUUUUGAGCUUCAGCAAUCCUUAGUAAUAGACCUUCACCUUGCUUAUCAUUCGAAUUAUUGUAAUCUCUAUAUCCUAGAGCUUAUGCUCAUAGAGAAAUGAUAGCUUAUGCAUAAGAUAGAUGCAUAAGCUAUCUUUU